AUGAAUGGGACUGAGAUUUACUCGCAUUUCUCUUCUCGCCUCCUCCCCCCCACAGACUGUUGUAUGUGUUGUGUAUCCCGCUGGUUGAAGGUGUCCCACGUUAUCGGCAGAUAUCGAUUCAGCGGUGGGCAGAUCCAUCACUGGAGCAGGGAGCAGCGGCAAAUGUCGAAGAAACGGAAAAGUCCAGACGACCAGGGCUUAGAGGGACCUCUGCCUGCGGGACCCAGCGACCAAGGCUUGACAGAUGAGAAAGUGAAGGCCUACCUCUCGCUGCACCCGCAGAUGCUGGACGACUUUGUGUUGGAGAGUGUGAGUGCAGAGACGUUGGACAGAUGGCUGAAGAAAAAGACCAGCAGCAGGCCUGCAGAUGACACGUCAGCGAAAGAUGUCAGCAGGUACCAGGACACAAAUAUGCAGGGUGUGGUGUACGAACUCAACAGCUACAUGGAGCAGCGCCUGGACACUGGAGGAGACAACAAUCUCCUGCUCUAUGAGUUGUGCAACAUCAUCAAAACAGCAACUAAAGCUGAUGGAUUUGCACUUUACUUCUUGGGAGAAUGCAACAAUAGUUUAUGUGUGUUGACUCCGACGGGGGCCAAGGACGGCCCUCCAAGCCUCAUCCCCUCCGGCCCCAUUGCAUUUGGGACAACCAUCGCCGCUCAUGUUGCCAAGACUCGCAAAACACUGCUGGUAGAGGACAUCAUUGGGGACGAGCGCUUCCCCGACGGCACAGGGCAGGACUCAGGGAUCCAUGUUCACUCUGUCCUGUGCCUCCCCAUCCUCACUGCCAUCGGGGACCUCAUUGCCAUUCUGGAGCUGCAUCGGCACUGGGGCAAGGAGCCCUUCAACCUCAGCCACCAGGAGGUUGCAACAGCGAACUUAGCGUGGGCGUCAGUUGCCAUUCAUCAAGUACAGGUGUGCAGAGGCCUCGCCAAACAGACUGAGCUCAACGACUUCCUACUAGAUGUGUCAAAAACAUACUUUGAUAACAUUGUGGCAAUAGAUUCUCUACUUGAACAUAUUAUGAUAUAUGCAAAAAACCUGGUGAAUGCGGACAGGUGCGCACUCUUCCAGGUAGAUCACAACAACAAAGAACUGUACUCGGACCUGUUCGAUAUCGGGGAAGAGAAAGAAGGAAAGCCUGUCUUCAGGAAAACCAAAGAAAUUAGGUUUUCUAUAGACAAGGGAAUAGCAGGUCUGGUGGCUCGGACAGGGGAAGUCUUAAAUAUCCCAGAUGCCUAUGCAGAUCCUCGGUUCAACCGAGAAGUGGACCUGAAAACCGGCUACACCACGCGGAACAUCCUGUGCAUGCCCAUCGUGAGCAGGGGAAGCGUAAUAGGCGUGGUGCAGAUGGUGAACAAGCUAAGCGGAAGUGCCUUCACUAAUACAGAUGAGAACAACUUUAAGAUGUUUGCCGUCUUUUGUGCUCUGGCCUUGCACUGUGCAAAUAUGUACCAUAGGAUCCGGCACUCUGAAUGCAUCUACAGAGUGACAAUGGAGAAACUGUCCUAUCACAGCAUCUGCACAUCGGAAGAAUGGAAGACCCUCACCCAGCUCAACCUCCCUGCACCUAUUUAUAAAGAGAUCGAAAUGUUCCACUUUGACAUCAAUCCUUUUGAGGAGAUCUGGCCCGCAGUCUUUAUCUACAUGGUUCAUAGCUCCUGUGGAAAGACCAGCUUUGAGCUGGAGAAGCUGUGCCGGUUCACUAUGUCCGUACGGAAGAACUACCGACGUGUGCCAUACCACAACUGGAAGCACGCGGUGACGGUGGCCCACUGCAUGUAUGCAAUCCUACAGAAAACCUCUGGGAUGUUCACAGAGUUAGAGAAGAAAGGUCUGUUGAUAGCCUGCCUGUGCCAUGACCUGGACCACCGGGGCUACAGCAAUGCGUACCUGCAGAAGUUUGACCAUCCACUGGCUGCUCUGUACUCCACCUCCACCAUGGAGCAGCACCACUUCUCUCAGACCGUCUCCAUCCUGCAGCUGGAAGGGCACAAUAUUUUCUCCAACCUGAAUUCCAUUGAGUACGAGCAGGUGCUAGAGAUCAUCCGAAAGGCCAUCAUCGCAACGGACCUCGCCCUCUACUUCAACAACCACCAGCAGCUAACGGAACUGCUGACUAAGGGUGUGGUGGACUUCAACAACUACUCGCACAGGGACCGUGUGAUUGGUCUGUUGAUGACAGCAUGUGACCUGUGUUCUGUUACCAAGCAAUGGCAAAUCACACGACUCACAGCCAACGACAUCUAUGCUGAGUUCUGGGCCGAGGGAGAUGAGAUGAAGAAGAUUGGGAUGCAGCCGAUCCCAAUGAUGGACAGAGACAAGAAGCACGAGGUUCCCCAAGGCCAAGUGGGGUUCUACAAUGCUGUUGCAAUUCCAUGUUACACGACACUAGCAGAGAUUUUCCCUCCAUCCAUCCCUCUACUAAAAGCCUGCAAGGAGAACCAUGGCCAGUGGGAGAAGAUUGCAAAGGGGGAGGCAGAGGAUGUGGUGCCUAGCCGACCAUGUGAUCCAGGCCCUGUCAAGGUGGACAACUGACGACCAAAGGGGUCUCUGGCCAACCAAAGGAACACAACCUGGGUCCUGCCACAGACCUGGAACUCCUGCAGGAGGAAGAAGCCACAUGUUGUGACAGCGGGAGACGGAUCAGCUAAA